CGCCGUGGGCCCUCUACGCGAUCGCCCAGUAAGCGACAAGUGGAGCCUGAGCUCGCCCGCCCACUGUCCCCUCCCUCGACUUUAUAACAAAAAAAACACACGAAACAAUUAAAUUACAAUCAUUAACGCGAUCACUAACGCGCGGCCAUGGCUUCGAACCUCCCGCCGGGCGACCCCAAGUUGGUGUCGAGCAUCGUGGAUCACCUCAAGUCGCAGGGAAUGUUCGAUCAGUUCCGUCGCGAUUGCUUGGCCGACAUUGACACGAAGUCUACGUAUCAAAAUUUGCGGCAAAGGUUGGAAAAUUUUGUUUCAAACCACCUGGCAGGUAUCAAAUGGAGUCCUUCUUUAAACAAAAGUCAACUGAGAAACAGCCUUCGUCAAACAAUUCUCCAAUCAACCAUCCUAAAGGCCGCCUGUGUGGACCGGAUUGUGCAGCAGGUGGUGAAUUCUAAGAUCAAUGAGACAUUUCGACCGCAGGUGGAGAGUGCUGUGCUUGAGUUUAUUGGUGGCAGAGUUCCUUCGGGUCCAAAAGGAAAGACAGGGCAACCCUCCAAUGGCCCAGGCGACUUGGAUAAACCGCAGGAAGUGCCACAGUCCAUCACAGAUGUACCCCCCUCCACUCCAAGCAUCAGUUUGGCCAGCGAUGCACAGUCAAUCCUUGACUCUAUUACAUCCAUGAGCAGCACCAGCUCAAGCAGCUCCAAGCACCCAGCUGCAACUUCAACCGCCACUGCCACCGCCACCGCAACGGUAUCGUCUCCCACCUACAAACAACAGCCGGACACCAGCAAAGGAGCCUUGCCAGAAAAGAACAACUCUCAGUCGCCAGUCACUUCUGAUGUGUCCAGUCCCCUGCCAGAAAGUACCAAGGCAGAUGUUAUAGAAAAUACGACCAAUCCAAUGACGCCUGAUGAAUUGAUGCAUUCAAAAAUUAUUGACGAACUGAUGAAGGAUGGUAUGUGUGAGCUGCCCGUUUCGUUGCUACUGCAGCCAUCGGCAUCGAGUAAACAGUCUCACAGCAACAAGGCUGAGAAGCAGGCUGUGUCGUCGCUUCCCAGUGCUGCGCCUCUAAAACCCAGCGCAGAUCCUCUGAAAACAGCGGCGUCUGAAAAGGCAUCAGAUCAACUACAAGCAAGCACCAGUGUGUCUACGCCUACGAAAGCCUUUGCUGAAAGCAGCAAAGGAAGUUGCUCCACGGUCAGGGCCAGUAGGAGGGCAGAAUCGGCGGAUAGCAGCAAACUUAUGCGUUCAGUGUCCCCCGCACCUCCUCUGCUCAUAAAGGAGCACCACCUUUUUGCCGAAGAUGGCAAGGACGGCGCAACGGAGGAGAUCGUGGACAUGAAACCGAAAGAUAUACCACCCACGCUGCAGAGGUGCGUGUCAUCUGAGCUGAGUAGAGAUGCAAAGAAGAGCAAGAAGCUUGACAGAAGCCCCAGUGUGGUUCGGAAGGAAUCCAAAGACGAGAGGAUGGAUCGAAAGGCAUCUAUGAAGAAAGAAGACAAGAAAGUGGAAAAAUCACUUUUCAAAAAAGAUGAUGCUGGGAAGAAGGCGGGCGUGUCUGAGGAUUCUAAAUUUAAAGCGGAGAAGUCGGAUGCAAGCAGUGAUGAUAAAUCGGACUCUCGCAAAGACAUUUCAGCAAUCAAAGCAUUGGCAAAGGAUAAUCUUAAAAAAGAGUACUCGCUGCAAGACUCGGACCUGGAGCAGCUGAGCGACAUCUCUGUGAGCUCCGUGCACACCAGUGACUUGUCUUCCUUUGACAGCGAGGACAGCGAUGCUGGCCAAAACAAAGAAUCCCAGGCAAAUGAUGAAGACGUGAAGGACAAACAAGAGGACAAGAAGGUGAUCCAGGUGAAGGCUUCCCGCACUUCCUACGUGCGCAAGCCCUUCCUCUACUCCAGAUAUUACAGCGACUCCGACGACGAGAACACCGUGGAGCAGUGUCGGCAGAAGAUCGCCAAGGAUAAGGAAGAACGGCUAAAGAAGAGGCAACGAAACCGCGAGAGGCUGGAGGAGAAGCGCAAAAAGACGGUGACGGACAAAGAAAAGCUGAAACAGAAAAAGCCAGAAGAUGCAUCCUUAAAUGUCAAGUCGCAGGGGGAGCCUCAGAACACGGGCACAAUGAAGGAGACCCUAAAGGAGCUAAAGGCCCUGGAAAAGAAAAUGGCUCUGAAAAUCCACAAUGAAGGGAAAAAAAGGACCAAACCCAAGGAGUCGUCUGUGCUGCCACCAGAUACCCAUAAAAGAAAGCGUGAAAACUCAGAGCAAAGUGAAGAGCAGAGGAGUGCUAAGAAGAGUCGAAAUGAAGACUCUGACAGCAAGAAAGAGAGUCACAGUGAGCAGGUGAAGCACAAGGACAGGGACUUCAGGAAAUCCCUCGAUUUCAAGGAUCGUAAGCGCUCCAUCAGUGUGUCCUCGACAACGUCUCGCUCUCCAUCCGUGGAAGAUAAAGGAGAUUUUCCUCAACGGAGAACAGAGAAGUUGCACUCCAGAAGCAGGGAGAGGACUGCCGAGGAUGGUUCCGGCAGGGAAGCUGGAAAAACGGCAAAAGACUCCGAAGGGUCGGCUAAACAUGAAAAGUUGUCCAGGAGGCCGAGUGAAAAAGAGCAGAAGUCUAUGAAGCCGACUAAGAAGGACGGUGAAGGCACUCAGAGGUCUGAUGGUCGGGAGAAAAAGACUCCUUCUAGCGGAAGCAAGUUAAUGCCAAAGCUGAAAUCUUCCGGAGAUGGAAAGCCCUCGGUGUCUGAUAAAGCGAAGAAAUUGUCCAGGGUGGAGCAUUCCCAUGGUACAAACCAUCCUUUGCUGAAGACAAAAGACAAACAAAGCAGUUCCAGAGUCCUGGAGAAGAGUGGCGAGCCUGCUCCAAUUAAAAGCAAGGAUGGCAAGGCGGAUGGUGGUCGAGGUAGUGAGAGAGAAGAGAAAUCCGCUACAGUCAGCAGGAGGCCGUCGAGCAAAGGUGUCCCACCGAGCGUUUCUAGCACAAGGACGUCUUCACCAACGGCCGACAAGGCAGGUCGAGGAGAAAAGAAGAAAUCUCACGGCAUGCAGCGGGCAUCCUCGAGCCCCUCUGACCAACAGCGUUCGGAGAACAAAGAGCGAAGCGCUGCGCACAAAUCCAACACUUCUUCUGGCACCCGCAAAGGCUCUUCAAGUGGUCUGCCAAAACCACACAAAGGCCAAGCUUCAGCGCAUACGGCGAAACCAACAGAGUCAUCCAAGCCAUCGUUGGCCGCCGCAGUGGAGGAGGACAAACGAGGUACUGCAAAAUCCAAAGAGAAUCUACUGACGAGUGAUGGCACUGGUGCUGCGUCUGAAAUAGUGGCCAAUGGCAGCAAGAGCAAAGGUAAAGAGCCUGUUGUUGCUGCAGAGACAUCACCGGAGAGUGCCACUCUCACUUUGGUCAUCAGCCCUGAAACGAAUGUUGAACUAGAAAGAGUGUGUGCGCUUGAAGGCGUUGGAAAGCCGCGUGCCCCAGAUGACGCUAUAAGCGCAGGGAAUGCUGAGCAUGCUUCACCAGAAGAUGACUCCAACGAACUGGCGAUUACCAGCGUGGAUAAAGAACAGUCGCGACGACCUGCAAUGGCAUCGCCGGCAAGGGAAGCAGGCAUUGGGCCCUGUGCAGAUACGGACGCGGUGGAACUUGAGACCAUGAAAGCACAGGAAGAGAUUUUGAACUCCAUGGAGCCAAACACAAAUGUCUCUCCUCUCAAUGGGCCCCCAAAGCCCGACGAGCAAAAUAAGGCUUUAAAUGCAGAUAGCACCACUGAGAAAACUGUUGCGACAUUGACUUCAACUGACCAGGCUCUGCAAGAGAGUGUAAAUACAACAGCUUCCAGCACACCCACUGAUAGAACUGCCGACCGUACAGCAGCAGCAGAGGCUGAACGUUCAAUGGAUAAAAUGGACGUCACUGCUUUAGUUAUCGCCAAUGUUACCGCUACUGUAACAGAUAGCGUUGAAAUUGUUGGCAGGAUUGACAGCGCUCCUGAUACCAGUGCAACAGGUGUUGCUUACAUUGGUGGUGGUGGAAUGGAAACUGCCGAUGUUGCUGAUGGAGCAAACGCUGCUGAUGUUGUGGGGGCAGUAGCUCAUGCCAGUGUUACUUGUGCUGCAGGUGAAUUGAAUGUUGCCAGUACAGCAGAUGGUUAUGUUGCAUUUAGUACAGCAGAUGAUGCCAGUGAUGUUAAAAGUGCAGCAGAAAGUGUCAGUGUUUCCCAUACAGCAGAUAGUGCUGUUGUUACUGGCGAAGCAGAUGGUAUUGAUGCUACCUGUGUCGCAGAUACAACUGAUGUUACUAGUGCUGUAGAUGAUGCCGAUGCAACGAGUGCAGCAGAUAGUGCUGGUGUAACUAGUGCCGAUGAAAUUGUCAGUGUUUCAAGCGCAGCAGCCAGUACUAAUGCUGUUAGUGCAACGAUCAAUGCUAUUGCUACCUGUGCAGCAGAUAAUGCUGAUAUAACCUGUGCAGCAGAUACUACUUUUGUAUUGGCUGCAACAGCCGAUACUGAUGCAACUUGUGUAACAGAUACUGCUGUUCCUGGUACAGCAGAUAGUGCUGAUACCACUUGUGCAGGAGAAGCUGUCAGUGCUUCCGGUACAAAAGAUAGUGCUGGUGCACCCAGUGCAGCUGAUCGGGCUGAUGCAACUGGGGCAGCAGAUAGUGUCACAGCGGAAGUGGUCAGUGUUUCAAAUGUAGCAGACAGUGUUUAUUUAACUGGUACAGCAGAUCAGGCCAAUGUAAAUUUUGUAGAAGAUAGUAUUGAUGCAGCUUGUGCAGUAGAUAGUGAUGCAAUGGAAAGUGUCAGUGCUUCAAAUGCAGCAGACAUUGCUGUGCAUGCAGCAGACAGUGCUGUUGUAACUACUGCAGAAGAUCACACUGAUGUAACUUCUGAAACUGAUAGUGCUGAAGUAACUGGUACCGCUGAUCACACUGAUGUAAUUUGUGCAACACACAGUGUUGUUGCAACCGGUGCAGCAGACAGUGGUGAUGUAAUUGGUGCAGCAGAUAGCAGUGAUGUAACUGGUACAGUCGAGAGCAAUGAUGAAACUUGUGCAACAGACACCAAUGUUAGAACUGGUGCAGCAGACACCAAUUUUAGAAUUAGUGCACCAGACACCAAUUUUAGAAUUAGUGCACCAGACACCAAUUUUAGAACUGGUGCCGCAGACACCAAUGUUAGAACUGGUGCGGCAGACACCAAUGUUAGAACUUGUGCAGCAGACACCAAUGUAACUUGUGCACCAGACAGCAGUGUUGGAACUCCUGCAGCAGACAGAGAUGUUGCAACUGGUAUAGCAGACAGCAGUGAUGUAACUGGUGCAGCGAACAACAAUGUUACCUCUGCAGUAAACAACAAUGUUGUUACCUCUGCAGCAAACAACAAUGUUGUUACCUCUGCAGCAAACAGAAAUGUUGUUACCUCUGCAGCAAACAGCAAUGUUGUUACCUCUGCAGCAAACAAUAAUGUUGUUACCUCUGCAGCAAACAGCAAUGAUGUUACUGGUGUAGCAAACAGCAAUGUUGUUACUGGUGUAGUAAACAACAAUGUUGUUACCUCUGCAGCAAACAAUAAUGUUGUUACCUCUGCAGCAAACAAUAAUGUUGUUACCUCUGCAGCAAACAGCAAUGAUGUUACUGGUGUAGUAAACAACAAUGUUGUUACCUCUGCAGUAAAUAACAAUGUUGUUAUCUCUGCAGUAAACAAUGUUGUUACUGGUGUAGUAAACAACAAUGUUGUUACCUCUGCAGUAAACAACAAUGUUGUUAUCUCUGCAGUAAACAACAAUGUUGUUACUGGUGUAGUAAACAACAAUGUUGUUACCUCUGCAGUAAACAACAAUGCUGUUACCUCUGCAGUAAACAACAAUGUUGUUACUGGUGUAGUAAACAACAAUGUUGUUACCUCUGCAGCAAACAGCAAUGUUGUUACUUGUACAGAAAACAGCAUUGUUGUAACUUCUGCAGAAAACAACAAUCUUGUAACAAGUGCAGAAAACAGCAUUGUUGUAACUUCUGCAGAAAACAACAAUCUUGUAACAUGUGCAGUAAACAGCAAUGUUACCUCUGCAGCAAACAGCAAUGUUGUAACCGGUGCAGCCAACAGCAAUCUUGUAACAAGUGCAGAAAACAGCAAUGUUGUAACAAGUGCAGCAAACAUAAAUAUUGUAACCUCUGUAGCAAACAGCAAUGUUGUUACUUGUACAGAAAACAGCAUUGUUAUAACCUCUGCAGAAAACAGCAAUCUUGUAACAAGUGCAGCAAACAGCAAUGUUACCUCUGCAGCAAACAGCAAUGUUGUAACCGGUGCAGCCAACAGCAAUCUUGUAACAAGUGCAGAAAACAGCAAUGUUGUAACAAGUGCAGCAAACAUAAAUAUUGUAACCUCUGUAGCAAACAGCAAUGUUGUUACUUGUACAGAAAACAGCAUUGUUAUAACCUCUGCAGAAAACAGCAAUCUUGUAACAAGUGCAGCAAACAGCAAUGUUACCUCUGCAGCAAACAGCAUUGUUCUAACCGGUGCAGCCAACAGCAAUCUUGUAACAAGUGCAGAAAACAGCAAUGUUGUAACAAGUGCAGCAAACAUUAAUAUUGUAACCUCUGUAGCAAACAGCAAUGUUGUUACUUGUACAGAAAACAGCAUUGUUGUAACCUCUGCAGAAAACAGCAAUCUUGUAACAAGUGCAGUAAACAGCAAUCUUGUAACAAGUGCAGAAAACAGCAAUCUUGUAACAAGUGCAGAAAACAGCAGUGUUGUAACUUGUGCAGCAAACAGCAUUGUUGUAACUUGUACAGAAAACAGCAUUGUUGUAACCUCUGCAGAAAACAACAAUCUUGUAACAUGUGCAGAAAACAGCAAUGUUACCUCUGCAGAAAACAGCAUUGUUCUAACUGGUGCAGCCAACAGCAAUCUUGUAACAAGUGCAGAAAACAGCAAUGUUACCUCUGCAGCAAACAGCAUUGUUCUAACUGGUGCAGCCAACAGCAAUCUUGUAACAAGUGCAGAAAACAGCAAUGUUGUAACAAGUGCAGCAAACAGCAGUGUUGUUACCUCUGCAGCAAACAGGAAUGUUGUAAUCUGUGCAGCAAACAGGAAUGUUGUAACUGGUGUAGCUGACAGAGAUUUUUCAACUAGUGCAGAUGAAAGCGAUGUUGUAACUGAUGCACUAAACAGCAAUGUUGUAACUUGUCCAGGAGACAGUGAUGUUCUAACAUGUGCAGAAAACAGCGAUCUUCUCGCCUGUGCAGCAGACAGCGAUGUUGUAACUGGUGGAGCAAACGACAAUGUUGUAACUUUUGCAGAAAACAGCGAUGUAACUUUUACAACAGAUAGAGAUGUUGUAACUUGUGCAGCAAAAAGUGAAGUUGCAACUGGUGCAAUAGACAGUGAUGUAACAGUGGCAGCAGACAGAGAUGUAACCUGUGCAGAAAACACCGAUGUUUUAACUUGUGCAGGAGACAAAGGUGUAACCUGUGCAACGGACACUGGUGAUGUUGCUGGUAAAGCAGAUAGCGAUGGUGUAACAUGUGUAGCAAACAGUGAUGUAACUUGUGCAGAAAACAAAGAUGCAACUGGUGCAGUGGACAUCGAUAUUGCAAUCUGUGCAGCUGACUGCAAUGUUAAAACUAAUGCAGCAGACAGCGAUGUUGUAACCUGUGCAGCAGCCAGCGAUGUAACUGAUGCAGCAGACAGCAAUAUUGCAGCUGGUGCAGCAGAUAGCAAUGUUGAACCUGGUGCACCAGAUAGCAAUGUUGAACCUUGUGCAGCAGAUAGCAAUGUUGAACCUGGUGCAGAAGACGGUGAUGUAACUUCUGCAGAAAACAUAGAUGUAACUAGUGCAGCAGACAGCGACGUUGCAACUUGUGUAGCUGACAGCAUUGUUGUAACUUGUGCAGCAGACAGUGAUGUUGCAACAUGUACAUCAGACAACGAUGUUGUAACUAAUGCAACAGAUAGCGAUAUUGUAAUUGGUGCAGCAGAUAGUGAUGAAUCUCGUGCAGAAAACAAAUAUGUAACUAGUGCAGCAGACAGCGAUAUUGCAACCAGCGCAGCUGACAGAAUUGUUGUAACUUGUGCAGCAUCCAGCGAUGUUGCAACUUGUGCAGAAAACAGCGAUGUUGCAACCUGUGCAGCGGACAGUGAUGUUGCAACAUUUACAGAGGACAGCAUUGUUGUAACCGGUGCAGCAGUCAGUGAUGUUUUAACUUGUGUAGAGGAGAGCGAUGUUGUAACUUGUGCAGCAGACAGUGAUGUUGUAACUGGUGCAGCAGACAGUGAUGUUGUAACCGGUGCAGCAGACAGUGAUGUUGCAACCUGUGCAGCAGAUAGCAAUGUUGAAACUUUUGCAGCAGACAGUGAUGUUGCAACUCGUGCAGAAAACAGUGAUGUUGCAACGUGUGCAGCGGACAGUGAUGUAACUUGUACAGAAAACAAAGAUGUAACUAGUGCAGCAGACAGCGAUAUUGCAACUCACACAGCUGACAGUAUUGUUGAAACUCUUGCAGAAGACGGCGAUGUUGUAAAUUGUGCAGCAGACAGUGAUGAAUCUGGUGCAGAAAACAAAGAUGUAACUAGUGCAGCAGACAGCGAUAUCGUUACUGGCGCAGCUGACAGAAUUGUUGAAAUGCGUGCAGCAGCCAGCGAUGUUGUAACUUGUGCAGCAGACAGUGAUGUUAUAACUAGUGCAGCAAACAGAGAUGUUGAAACUACUGCAGAAGACAGUGAUGUAACUUGUGCAGCAGACAGCGAUGUUGCAACUGGUGCAGCAGACGGCGGUGAUGUAACUGGUGCAACAGAUAAUGUUGAAACUUGUGCAGCAGACGGUGAUGGUGUAAUCUGUGCAGCAGAUAGCAAUGUUGAAACUCGUGCAGCAGACAGUGAUGUAACUUGUACAAAAAACAAAGAUGUAACUAGUGCAGCAGACAGGGAUAUUUCAACUAGUGCAGCUGACAGCAUUGUUGCAACUUGUGCAGCAGCCAGCGAUGUAACUUGUGCAGCAGACAGUGAUGUUGUAACUAAUGCAGCAGAUAGCGAUAUUGUAACUGGUGCAGCAGAUAGCAAUGUUGAAACUGGUGCAGCAGACAGUGAUGAAUCUUUUGCAGAAAACAAAGAUGUAACUAGUGCAGCAGACAGCAUUGUUGAAACUUGUGCAGCAGCCAGCGAUGUUGUAACUUGUGCAGCAGACAGCGAUAUUGUAACUUGUGCAGCAAACAGCAAUGUUGAAACUUCUGCAGAAGACAGUGAUGUAACUUGUGCAGCAGACAGUGAUGUUGCAACUGGUGCAGCAGACAGUGGUGAUGUAACUGGUGCAACAGAUAUAAAUGUUGAAACCUGUGCAGCAGACGGUGAUGGUGUAACCUGUGCAGCAGACAGUGAUGUUGCAACUUGUGCAGCAGACAGUGGUGAUGUAACUGGUGCAACAGAUAUAAAUGUUGAAACCUGUGCAGCAGACGGUGAUGGUGUAACCUGUGCAGCAGACAGUGAUGUUGCAACUGGUGCAGCAGACAGUGGUGAUGUAACUGGUGCAACAGAUAUAAAUGUUGAAACCUGUGCAGCAGACAGUGAUGUAACUCGUGCAGUAGUUAGUGGCGAUGUAACUUGUGCAGCAGAUAUAAAUGUUGCAACUAGUGCGGCAAACAGAGCUAGUAUAACAAGUGCAGGAGACAGCGGUAAUGUCACUGGUGCAACAGACAGAGGAGAUAUAACGUGUGCAGCAAACAGUCAUGUAACCUGUGCAGCAGACAGAGACGUUGUAACUGGUGCGACAAACAGUGAUGUAACUGGUGCAACAGACUGCGACGUUGUAACUAGUGCAGCAAACACCGAUGUUAUAACCUGUGCAGCAGAAAUAGUUGUUGUUUCAAGUGCAGCAGAUAGUAACGUUGAGACUGGUGCAGAAGACAGUGAUGUUGGGAUUUGUGCAGCAAACUGUGCAGAUUUCGUCGGCUCAAUGAAUAACACAACCCAUGUCACCACAGCAUCUUGUGUUCCCACUGAAAGCCUUCCAAGCAGCAGCAGCAGCCCUGUCAAUGAAACGAAUGGAAAGAAGUUGGAAACCCCAGAAACACUUGCUACAUCAACAAAUCAAGGCAUUGGCAUUUCAAGCCCCAAAGACCAAGCCUCGACUCCAGCCGUCACUCAAAGCCCUGUGACACUCACAGAAUCCUGCACGCCCACUCUGGCCUCUGAGGCCCCAUCACAAGGCGAAAAUGAAAAGACCCUUCUUGAGACUGAAGGUAGUAGAAUUGAGCAAGUGGAGGCUGCUGUGGAGGCUGCUGUCGAGGAGGCUGUACACCUUGACUCUACAGAAGCUAAAGCUGAAGGACUAAAAGAUGCUGAUCAAGUGGAAAGUCGCGUCAGAGACGGCAUGCCGCCGUCACAUUAUGAUGGCAGCCACAAGGAAGCCGAGGGGUUGGACAUCAAAGACCAAACUGGGGCAGAUAUAUUGGAAGCAAUUUCCAGCCCCACAUCCAGCUACGAAAGUGAAAGAGAUACAAAGGCGGUGAAGCCGCUGGAAGAUGGGAGCGAAGGUGCGGCAAGCAAGAGCGCAAAAAAGAGAGGCGCGCGCAAGCGAGACGGCUCCCCCACCCCUCCGCCCGGCAAGAGGCGGAGAGUACAGUCAGACAAAUCGGAGGCUGAGAGUAAAGAAACCACAGAUUCUUCUGAAGCAGAAAAUUCCUCAAAUUCCGAAGAGAAAAUGCAGCGACCCAGCACACGCCGCAGCACGCGGCACGAGAAGCAGGAGAAGGGCAAGGAGCCCCCGCCGGCCCACCGAACGCGGCGGAAACAAGCAAAGUCCUCGACCGAGUCUGACGUCGGCCGUCAGACAAGGCGGGCGUCCGGCCAUCUGGCUGCCGAGGCCACGCGCCAAAUACGGCAAAAGAGGGGUGGCCCAGUGUCUCCGAACCGCGAGGACAAGCAGACGCGGCAGGGAAAGGUUCAAGCAGUGCAGUCAAAGCCACGUGGACGCCGGGCAAAACAAGUGGCCAAAGAGAUGGCGUCGCCGCAGCAUGACGCUCGGCAGAAAGCCAGGCAAACUCGCGCGUCUGCCGGUCUCCAGCCCUCGGAGUGCAAACCUCCGUCGGCCGACACUACAAAGCAGAGCAAGAGAGGACGCAAUUCUUCGGGUUUUAAAAGCCCUGAGCUACCCCGGCGGACGCAGCAGCUGCAGUCGGCAGUUUCUGCUGCACAAGCUUCGGCGGAGGAAGCACCGUCCUCAAAAGGGCCUGCAGAUCCUGAGCCCGAGUUGUCUUCCCAGAAAAAAGAGAAUGAAACGGGAGAGCCGGAAAAUACUUUGGCUGUGCCUGGUGAGCCUUUAAGCGACACUGGUCCCAAAGGGAAGACAGCUGCUGACGUGUCUGGAAUUUCUAAAACGACUGUCGAUGAUCCUUCCACCUUUCGGUCCCUGGAGUCUUUGCAGCCAUGCCCUGAAUCUUCAUUGGAGGCUUCAAAUGAGACAAAUUACUCUUCUGUGGAAAAACAAGGCUGUCAAGAGAUUCCCAGUGCCAGUGUAAAGGAGGGGUUACUUCAAAGUGAUGGCAAACAGCAAGCACACGAUUCUGAGUCCCAACCAGAAGCUGAAUCUCCCGCAGCACAUGAACCACAAGUGGUAACAUUAGUUGAUACAACAAGGCCUGAUGAGCCUUGUGAUUCUGCAAGUGCAGAGGAAAGGAGGCAGGAAAAUGAGCAACAGCCUCCUCAAAUGGAAGAAAUGGAUACUGCUCAACAGAAAUUAAGUUUAGAUAAAAAUGAGCCACAUUUACAAAAGCCAGCCACACAGGAAGCAGAAAAAGGGGUGGAAAAUCUCGAAGCGAAAUUUGCAAAGCAACUAGAGGCUGAGAGUCUGGCUGCGAAUCCGGAUCUUGAGCAGCCAGAAAGUGAACAUAAAGCGGACUCGAAAACGUCUGACGGCACAGAGGAGAAGAAGUCAUCGGUCAGCCAAGGCGCUCCGCCACAGCGCAUGCAGCUCAGGAGGCUCUCAUCGACUCAACAGGCGAAGGACGGUGCCGACGCCUCCCCGCAGAGCCGGCAGACUCGUGCCACGGCCAACGUGGCGUCUGAAGCGGCCCAGCCAGCGCGGCAGGCCAGGCUGUCGGCAGCGGCAGCGGCGGAGGUGAAAGCUCUUGGCCGACAAACCCGCUCAGCGGCAGUCAACACCGGUGACGUCGCUCAGCAGCAGCAGCAGCAAGCGAAAGCGACGCGGUCAUUGCAAGCCUCUUCCGGCAAUGACAAACUCGUGUCGUCGGUAGGAGCUGGAAGAGGCCGCAGGCAGCCCUCGGCCCCGGCACCCGAGACGCGGGGCAGCAGCAAGCGGGCGGCGCCGCCCCAGUCACCAGAGCCCACACGCAGGAAGGGCCGUGGUGGCGAGCCUCCGGCCAAGAGAGGCCGCAGAUAACCGCCGAGCAGAUGCACGCCAGCAGUGUUCAUUUUGUGUCAUGACAUUACCGUGGAAAAUAUUUUUUGCUAAUUUGCAUUUUUUCUUUUAUUUAUCAGUGAUGACUACGAGUGGACGAAAAUCGGCAGUUAUGAUGAUGAAUGCAACUACCCAACAAGGGCUAAAGCGUGAUUGACAAUGACGAGACGAAAUUAACUAGUCUGAAUGAAGCCGCAGUUUAAGAUGUGGUUAUUAGAGACUAGGGUGCACCGAGCAAGACCAACAAUUGUAAUUCAUAUAAAUGAGUUCACCGAUUGACUGAAUUUAACUCUCCCACGCCAGCAUUUAAUAACUCAUGGUGGACUACAUUUUAACUGCAAAAGUCAACGAGACUAAUUAUUACUUCAAUUAAAUCUUCAGACCAACAUUCUACACCUUGUUGAUUAGAUAAAGUCUACCACUAAAAUAUAAGAUGCUGACUGAACGCUGUACACCACCAGUAACCUUCACGCUGCGACACGAACUCGUUAGCA